GACACACAACUCGCUGGAUCAAGAAGAGCAGAGGAAAACAAGGAGAACAUGUCUGCUAUGACUAGCACAAGCAGCAUGGAAGAAGGGAGCAGCGGAGGUGGACCCAGCAGUCAUGGCGGGAGUGGUCAAGUCGGGCAAAUCGGUGGUGGUGGCGGGCAAGUCGGUGGUGGCGGGCAAGUCGCAUUGGGUGAUGAUGAUGAUGGUGAUGACGGUCACACUAUUGUGGGACUGUCAUUCAAUCAAGAUGCCACCAUGUUUGCUAUUGGUACCCGCAAGGGCUACGCCGCCUUCAAGGCAUGUCCGUUUGAAGGUGCUCUGGCUCUGGCUUCCAGUGGUGGUAUCCGCAUUGCCGAGAUGCUCUUCUCCACCUCGCUCAUCGUUCUGGUCGGUAUGGGUGGCCCGUCGUCAGAUGAUUCGCCAAGGAGGCUCCGCGUGUUCAACACAAGGCGACUGAGUCUGGCAAAGGACGUCAUCUAUCCCUCGGCCGUUCUCGCUGUAAGGACAAACCGCCGUCGCUUGGUUGUCGUCCUCCACGACGCCAUCCAUGUUCAUGAGCUGGGUGGCAAUCUCAAGCUUUUGGCAAAGAUCUCAAAGCUCGACAACCCGCGCGGCGUUGUGGCGCUUACCGCCUCGCCCGGGCCGGACGAUCCGGCGUACAUGGCGUACCCAAAAUCCCCGACUCGCGGCGAGCCAGCCCGGUCGAUUGUCCUCGUCGACGCCAUCAACAUCCUCGACCACAUUGUCAUCGACGCGCACAAGUCGGCCGCCGUCGCUGCCAUGGCCUUUUCGUACGACGGUACUCUCCUGGCGUCGGCGUCGGAGCACGGGACCGUCAUCCGGGUCUUUGCUAUCCCGUCGGCCGAUCUGCUCUUUGAGUUCCGCCGCGGCUCCCAGGUCGCCACCAUCUACUCGCUUGCCUUUGACGCGUCCAACACGUACCUAGCGGUGGCCUCGUCGCGCGGAACGGUCCACGUGUUCAAGCUCGAGAGACCUGAGCCAUCGCUCGCCGACUCGUUCUUUGCCGUCCUGCCCUCGGUCGUGGCCUCGGCUUGGGAGCCGCUCCGCGCCUUUGCCACUGCGCCCGGCGAGCCCGACGUCGAAGCCCGUGUCUCGUUUGGUGCCGCCGACCUGGCUACCAACGACGGGCUCGGCCUCCAGAUCAUCUCAGCCAACGGCUGGUAUCGCCGCUUUGCUGUCGACGAGGCCUCGGGCGGCGAGUGCGCCUUGCUGGAGCAGUACAACCUCGCCGAGCACACCGAGUGGACCUCGCCGUGACCGGUGCUGCCGGGCAUGAGCAGGACGUGGUGUUGAGCGCAUCCCUCGUGUUCUUUUACAUCAUCCUUGCACAGGCAUUGCGUCCAGGAUCCGCGCCGCGAGGCCGGCCACCCGGGUGUCGGACGCGUUGGCGGCCGUCACCAGCAGCGCACCCGCGGGCGCAAUGUGCUGGCUCACCGCCGCCGCCGCGGCGCUGCGGCUCUCUGUCGAGCCGUUGGCAAGCUCGACGAGGGUGAGGACGGCGCGUAGUGCGUUCUUCUGCACCGCCGCGCUGGCGCUCCCGACGCCGAGCGCCGAGACCAGGACGGCGGCGGCGCUGCCGUCGGCGCCGAGUGCAGCCGUAAACGCCUCC